UUUUAAUUUCCAGAGUCCAAAGCCAAAGGACAGUUUCUAGUUUCUACCAAAAAAAACUAUGGCUACUCGUCUUGUUCCCUCUACUUUUUCAGCUUCUCUUCACAGCUUAGCUUCCAGAAGUUCCAUGGCUAUGGUGGGUUUGGUUUCUUGCUCUCCCAAGACCCUCACACCAUUCUCUCUCACCAAAAGUUUCAACUUUAUCUCACUUUCCACCACAAGGAAACCUCUCACAAAAUCACUCCAAGUGAGAUCAGUGUCUACUCCUGCUGAAGGUGUUACUGUGUUUGAUGAUAUGGUUUCUGGGACCAAGCGGAAGUAUUACAUGCUAGGUGGAAAGGGAGGGGUAGGGAAGACGAGUUGCGCUGCCUCACUUGCAGUAAAAUUUGCUAACAGUGGGCACCCCACUCUAGUAGUUUCCACUGAUCCUGCACACUCCUUGAGUGAUUCUUUUGCUCAGGAUUUGACUGGAGGAACACUGGUACCAGUUGAAGGACCUGAUUCUCCAUUGUUUGCUCUUGAGAUAAACCCUGAGAAGGCUAGGGAAGAAUUCCGCAGUGCAACUCAGAAAAAUGGUGGAACUGGGGUUCAGGAUUUCAUGAAUGGUAUGGGCCUCGGAAUGCUUGCCGACCAGUUAGGAGAGCUAAAACUAGGAGAGCUGCUUGAGACACCUCCCCCUGGUUUGGAUGAAGCUAUGGCAAUAUCCAAGGUUAUUCAAUUUCUGGAAUCACAAGAUUAUAACAUGUUUACUCGUAUAGUUUUUGAUACUGCACCCACGGGUCAUACUUUGCGUCUUUUGUCCUUGCCAGACUUCCUGGAUGCAUCCAUAGGCAAGAUAUUGAAGUUCAGACAGAAAAUAGCUUCGGCCACCUCAGCCAUCAAAUCUGUUUUUGGGCAAGAAGAAACCCGGCUGGAUGCGGCUGACAAGUUAGAGAAACUGCGGGAGAGGAUGGUAAAAGUGCGUGAGCUUUUUCGUGACACAGAUUCAACUGAGUUCGUCAUAGUAACAAUCCCCACGGUAAUGGCGGUUAGUGAGUCUUCUAGGUUGCGUGCCUCCUUGAAGAAGGAAAAUGUUCCUGUAAAGAGGCUUAUUGUUAAUCAGAUCCUCCCCCCUUCUGCCUCAGACUGCAAGUUUUGUGCAAUGAAGAGAAAGGAUCAGUCGCGUGCUCUUGAUAUGAUUCGGAAUGACACAGAACUCUCCAGCUUGGAAUUGAUCCAGGCACCACUAGUAGAUGUAGAGAUUAGAGGUGUUCCAGCUCUUAAAUUUUUGGGAGAUAUUAUUUGGAAAUGACCAUCUGCAAUAUGAUAAGCAGCAAUGACAGUCACUCUUGAUUGUAUGGCUUGGCAUGUUGAUGUAGUCAAGAGUUGUGGCGCAUCCAAGUUAUAGGAAGCUGUUCAGUUAACAAAGAUCCCGAAGUCUGAACUUUGGGAUGUCAAAAAAAAGGGUGGCACCAAUAUGAAUUUGGGAUGGAUUGCAUGACCCCACUGUACUUCUUGCCCCCAAAAUGUUUGGACAGAGUAUAGAAACUUUUUUCCAUUAAAAAAAAAUUCCAAAAAUGUAUUUAUUCGGCAUGAAUUUUACUAGCAAUUGAGAGUCAUAAGUCUUGCAUAUA